AUGAGAAAAUUAUUAAUAAUUUCAGGUCUAGCUGGAUCAUCAAAAUAAGAAGUUGCUAAAAUUUUAAGUAGAUAAAUGAAAACAAAAGUAUUGCCAGCUGAUUCUUUACAAGUAGUUCUUCGUCAACUUUAAAAAAGGUUUAUAAAAAUUGGCCUAUAUCCACUAAUUGGCCAAAUGAUCUAUCAAAUUAUGAAUUGAUUGGUAAAUAUGAUGGAUUUUCGAAUUUACUUACUUGCUUUUAAGUAAAAAGUGAAGUCAUUUAAACUUUGAAUAAGAUUGAGAAUCCAAUUAUUGAAGGUGGAUGUUGUUUUUUUAUUAAUUAACUCUUAAAAGCAAGACAUGAAUAAUUUAGUGAAUUAGAAAUAUAGAUAGCUGAUCAAAAAGCUAAAGAAAUGUUUCUUAAUUGUUAAGAUGCUUAAACUCUAUUAAAAUCUCUUUGUAAGAAAUAUAAUGGAUAAUUUAUAAUUACAGAUAAAUAUCGUAUGAUAAAAGCAAUACGUAAUGCUCUUCUUACAAAUGGAGAAACAUUUUAAUCAACAUUUAAUAUUAAUGAACCGAAAUUAAGUGAAAUUUUUGAUGUAAGAGGUUUUUUUCUAAGUGAAUCGUAAGAAAAUAUAUGUAAAAAAAUUUAUAAAAGGUAAUCAAUUCAUAAAACAAAAAAGGUGUGAUGAUAUGCUUAAAUAAGGAGUUCUUAAGGAAUUUUAUGAAUUUUAUUUACUUAAUAAAAAUAUCAACCUUUAUUAAGUAAGACAUAGUACACCAAUUGGAUAUAAUCUGUUUGUAGAAAUGAUUAAAAGUUUUAAUUUGAUUAAUGAGAAUACACAAUAUUCUUAAUCAAGAAAAGAAAGUUUAAAGAGAGUAAAAGUGAGAAAUUUCAUAGAGAAAUUUUAUAUUAAUUCAAGAUAAUAUACAUCAUAUUAAAGAAGAUAUGUUAGAUCUAAUUUAAAUUAAUUUAUUUGGAUAGAUAAUGGCUUAAAAAACAUUCCAGAAAUGAUAUCUUCAUAUUACUAUUGUGAUAGAUAACUUUAUGAAAAUGAAUUAAAUAGUAUUGUUAAUAUAGCAUUGAAAAGUGAGAAAUAUUCUGAAUCAUAAGGAUAGUAAAUGAAAAUGGAGAUAUGUUAAGAAAUUUAAGAAUUAGUUUAUGAAACAAUGUAAAAUAUGAUUUUUGUUUGA